AUGCUUGCCAGGUCCUCCCGAUCCGGAGGACUCUCGGCUCGAGUUUUUUUUUCGGAGAAGCUUCUUUCACCUCGCCCGCGGCGCAUGCAAGCGGCAGCCGGCUGGGGCCUGGGUGCGCUUGGCGAGCGCUUCUGGAACAACGGGUCGCAGGACCUCUCAUGCCACUGCGACUUCAGCGGGCCCGAGCCAGGCGCCGGGGUGCUGGAGGUCCUCCGCGAGCAGCUGGCGCGCUGCGGGCCGGAGCACUUGCAGGGGGUGACCCACCCUGCCUGCCCGAGCUGCUCGUGUCUGGCCUGCCUGGAGGUCGCGUCCCUGCAGCGGGACAUCCUCCUCGCGGGCCUGGGCAGCUGCGCCGGGCUCGUGGCAGGCGUCCUCGCCGUCUGUAUCUGGUGGACGAGCGGAAGCAUGGCGCCUCGCACACUGCGAGCUGCUUUGGCAGAGGGCACGGAGGAGCAGGAACAGCUGGUGAGGAGGACUGGACCUCCUUUGCGAGCUCGCCUGCCACUCACAGCCCAAGGACGCGGCGAGGUUCGUGAUGGCUUCACGAGCUGGUGA